GAAACGUCAACGUUGCUCCGCAGAACUCCUCAUCCUCAUACACCUUGUUAAAGUGUACGCGAAAAAUAAUAUAAAAUAACCGGCGCAACAACAAACCAGUGGAAAAGCGGAAAAUCACGGCAUGCCAGGAACGAUGCUUACCCGCAUCCUACAGCCACAAAGCUCGGAGCGGUGUGUUCCGACCCGGCUGGCGGUCGAGAGGUUGUUUGGAGUCGCGGCCGCGGCGCACAGGCUGGCCCGAGCGUCGUUCCGUACCUUUGUGCUGCAGUGCGACAUCCAACCGCUGAAUCUGCCUCUCGCGGGAACGGUCGGCACCAAUACCAGCAACGCCGGCCCGGUCCCGAAGUCGCCCGAGUACCGCGUGCACCGUACCGUCCCGUAUCGAACCUACGCGAGUGCGUCCAAUAUCAAAAAGAAAAAGAUGCUUGCUAAACUGACCGAAGCGCAGCGUACGGAGCUGCUGACCCCGCUGUUCGCCGCCGGCUGGACCAUGGUGAAGGACCGGGAUGCCAUCUACAAGGAGUACCUGUUCGGGGACUUUAACGAAGCGUUCGGCUUCAUGACACGCGUCGCACUGAAGGCGGACAAGAUGGACCACCAUCCGGAGUGGUUCAACGUGUACAACAAGGUGCAGGUGACGCUCGCGACCCACGACUGUGCCGGCCUGAGCGAGCGUGACGUGAAGCUGGCCCAGUUCCUCGACCAGGUUGCCACUGUUGUCAACUAAGCGGAAUUGAUUAGGCAGAUAGGGAAAGAAAGGGAGGAAGGGGGGGGGAGCUUACGUGUUGCUAAGCAGAGGAGAGUGGAUUGGCUGUUAGGAAAUGGUACCCCGUUCGUCUGUUGGUUGCAUUUUGAUGCAAGAAAAAAAAGGGGGGAAAAUCUGUGUUGGAGCAGCGGAGCGCGCACGCAUAUUGUAAAGCAAAAAGAAAAAUGGCCUCCACGUUGGUGACAACAAGGACGGCCAUGGUACCGAUAAUCUCGGCCGCUCAAACUUAAAUGCUCCGUUUCGUUCCUUUCGUUUUUUUGUUAAAUAAAAACAUGAAAUUCAUACGAAAA